CUAAAUCUCUCAGUGCUUCCACUUAACGCGCACUCCGGGAAUGUGUCGAGCACAGGAGUGGGCUUAUGCAGCCCUUCUGCUCCUGUGCUUCUCGUCCUCCGUACUACUGGUCGGUGCAGCAAAGGCGGUAACUCGCCCCUCCGAAGUGGACGCUCUGCUCGAGAUCAAGAGAAGUUUGUUGGAUCCUAAUGGGAAUUUGAGCAACUGGAACAGAGGAGACCCUUGCAUUUCGAAAUGGACUGGUGUUCUGUGCUAUAGUUCCACAUUGGAUGAUAACUAUCUACAUGUUGCUGAAUUGUAUGAUUUCUAGUAUUUAUGGACUCUUAUAACCUAUGCUGAGACGUAUCUGCAUCCAUACUUGGAUACCAGUUCAAAAUAACAAUUUGUAAUUGUUACUAUGAACAAUCUGAGACUCAUAAUUUUAUUAUUCAGCCCCGGACGCGACGU